AAGAGCGUUAUAGUAUCGCGAGCACUCGGCACGAAAGGACACACAAUCCAGUCCGUCCCGUUUCGUCUGAGCGACGGUGUGACAAGAAAAAGCGAAAACAGGGUUGAAAAUUUACGGAUCCAACAGAAAAGUCGGAACUAGUCAUCGCUUUUCGUAACUAGCAACCGCUUUUGCCUUCUAGUAUUUCCAUUUAUUCUAGCAAUUUAUUUCGACUCAUUAUGCAUGUGUGACGAAGAAAAUCGAAAAUUAGAAAGUGUGUCAGUGCUCUUCUCUGCAAUAAAACGAAAUCUCUCGGAUUGAAUUACGAUCGACUUACGUACGAAUCAAUACGAAAAAAAAGUUCACGUUCCUUGUUGUUGAAAAAGUGCAAUCAAGCAGAAAACGCGACGCUUUAACCUGCAUCUAAAUUUAAGUUCCAAAGUUUUGCUAGCAAGAAAAUUCCGUUCGCGUGUAGUGUGUUUGGUAGGGUUAAAAAUAAAAUUCUUGAAACGCAAAAAUAUCAAUCCUCUCAUCAAAUUCAAAUCUCCGUGGAAAGCUAUCAAAGUGAGAAAUAAUUACAGAAGUGUUCUUAUUAUAGUAACCUUUUUUCAAAGCUUGCUGAACAAUCAGUUCUAUUCGAGAAUACGCCUUAAACCGACGUAACAAAGAAAGUUUUAGAAUUCUCGAAACGAAAAAUACACGUAACAAAGCUCCACACACUACUACAUCUUUAGAUCAAAGGAGCUAAUCAGAUCGGGCAUCCAGUCCUACCCGGCGGAAGGAUUCAAACAAAAAUUCCUCACUCGCAAGUUUAAGGAUAAAUAUAGAAAGUACCGCCAACAAAAUGAAGAAACGUGAUACCGAUUUAUGACUCGUAAAAACCAGACCGGGUGGCUGUAAAAUAAAGGUGACGACCCGUUGUCUGCCCGCUGCUUCAACUGUAACAACGUACAACCUAGAGCCACCGAUUAUCACACCUCCCCAACCACCCACUCCGACAGACCACGAAUCGACUUCGGUAACGUUCGAACUUGGCGCAGGAACCGAAACCACAUCCAACAUUAAGUACCAUAAGCAGCAACAGCACAUCCACUCCGAAACUGCCACCCGAAUCGAUAAUACCGGCAAUUUGGACCAUACCAACAGUCAUCAUCAUAGCUCAACAAACGAUUCCGGUAUCGAUAUUCACCACCACGGGAAUCCCGACACAACAGCCACCGUGGACCGACAACCGACGGAUUACGUUAGGAACAAAUCAACCACACGUAGUUGGCCGGUAAUACACCGGAACAACUCGUACCGGUAUCAACUUCAACCGACGGUACACAACCACAGACGACAGCAGUCGCACCAAUAUUAUCAGUAUGAUUACGAUGCCCUAACCGGUCUAAACUAUCCCCCAAAUGAUACCAACAACAAUAUCAACUAUAGCACAAACGAAGAUUAUCUAGUCAGUAGCAGUUACGACAAAUCCCCUAGCAUCGAUAGCUAUUAUUUUCAGCACUAUAGGCCCAGUAUGCAACAAUCGACCACCACAAUGACCACAACUGCAGGACAGGGUGGCGCCACUAUCACUUCCACCGCCCAUCAUCAGACGCAAUCCGGUACCACUUGUUGUAUGAUGCCACCACCGGUUCUGUUCCUUUUCUUCACCCUGCUGAUGACAUCCAGCGCGACGGCAAUGCUCUGCGCAGCCAUCAUGACCGAUCACUGGGAGCACGUGUCCUGGAAUCGGGAGCACCUGGACCGGCUCAGUAACAAAUCGUCCAUCGAACUGCAGUGGUACCUGGAUGGGCGGGCAGCCAAGUUCUCGGUGUCCGAUAUGCAUCGAAAAUCUGGCGAUGGCAGGAGUAGGGAGCUUGAUCUCCCUCGGUACGUGCUGAAGCAUAACAAACCACUCGUCGACAAACGGGCGAAUGUGUUUCUGGUGCCCAUGAACGGUGGCAUCUGGACGUUGUGUAUCGACCUAACCCCGGAGGAAAUCCGUUCGUUAUCGGGCGAUGGUUUUCCCCAGGUCGAUCAGUGCGUCAACUAUCUCGCCGGCAGCACCGAAGGCGGCAGCGGCGGGCAAAUCAACGAAGAAAAUUCCCGCGCUGAGUGGCAACACAGUGAGUUCCAGCCCUCAUUACACCCGCAUUUAAGAAUGCAGAACUUAUCGAUCUCGUGCUCAUUGGUGUGCCUUAUCAUACUAGGCAGUGCGGCUUUGGUUGGGGCCUUCGGCGUGUGUCAGCGACAGAUUAGCGCCGUGUUGGUCACCGGCGUCAUGUACCUGCUGGCCGCACUGUUUGCACUUUUCACCCUGAUGAUAAUACACUUCAAGCGGCAGCAAGGACGACCACUGACGGAAAUCGACUAUGGUGUCUCAAUCGACGGAGUGGUCGCCGUUAAACCCGACUACAUGUACGCACAACCAUUGCUGGAUGCCCGGGUCAUCGUCACCGCCUGGAGCCUCAGCCUCGGUUGGGGUGGGGUGGUCCUCUGUGCAUUUACUUCGUUCCUCUGGAUAUUGCUAUCCAAGAUCAUGAGAUUCAAUCCGUUAUCGGCAAUGAUUUGAUGAUUCAAAAUUAAGUUCAACAAAGUUGCCGUCUACAAUGUGACAUGAAUCGGUUUGUGGUUAUUCUAAAUCGUACAAUCUAGUUAAAAACCAUUAUUGCAUUUGAAUGAUUGUUUCCGCUAAUUCAGCUCUAGGCAUUCUAGAACCAAGUCAAAUGAGUUUUCUCAAAUUAUCAGUAUCAGUAGAGGCCUAUAUACCCUAUUUACAACUGUCACUUAAUACAUAUUGAAAAUACCCAUCUAGAACGAAGUCCGUACCACCUCUUAGAACAUAACAUACCAAAGAACUAUGAGCGUUUUUGUUUUUUCCUUUUAGAACAAAUCAAAACCAGAAGACUUUUAUCGCUUCACAUUUCAAAGUAACUCAAAAAGAUCAAUUUUCGCUAUACAACACAAUUUUACAAAGUUCAUCUCGAUAAACGCUUUCGAAUUCAAACGAGUUUCUACACAUGCUUUUUGCGGAACUGCAAAUCGUAUAGAAUCAAAAAAGGAGAACUUAACGCAAGGUACGAAUUAUUGCAAUGCUUUCAUUGCUAGACUUUUCUAUUCCACAUAUUGGUUCCCUUUCCGAGCAUCUCCGGUUGAAACAUCCACAAUCGAAAGUAAGAUUUAUUACAAAACGCAUCAAUCAAUACAAUAUCAUUCACCAACAAAUACAAAAACCAUGAAAAUACAUAACCAGAUAUGACUAAUACGCGGAUAAUGAUGACCAUUGUUAUAUCACGAAGCAGCAAAUUAAUUCGCCACGAGCUCUGGUAAUGUAGAACUACUAAUAUAUUUUAUGUAAAUGCUUUGCCUUAAAGAAAUGAAACAGAAUGCAUAAAGAUUCACUAUACACAAAUAAAUGACAGAACUACUAUCAGAA